AUUUAGAGGAGGAUGGAAAUCAUUUUGGAAAAAGAAAGACAUUCUUAUUAAGAAUUGCAGCAAACAAGAAGUUUCAGGAUGACUUUAUUAUAUCAAAUGGUACAUUUCAUUUUCUUUGCCUCAGUAUCUGGUGAGUGUGUGACCAAGCUGUUCCAAGAUGCCUACUUUAAAGGAGGAGACAUUAGUGUUGUUUUCACGCCAAACGCCAAGUACUGCCAAAUAGUCUGCACCCACCAUCCAAGGUGUUUGCUCUUCACUUUUAUGGCUGAAACAUCCGAAGAUCCUACCAAGUGGUUUACUUGCAUCCUGAAAGACAGUGUUACAGAAACACUGCCAAUGGUGAAUAUGAUGGGAGCAAUUUCUGGAUAUUCUUCCAAGCAAUGCUCGGACCAAAUAAGUGCUUGCAACAAAGAGAUUUAUGUGGGCCUACACAUGAAGGGCAUGAACCACAAUAGCUCUAUUACCAAGAGUGCUCAGGAAUGCCAAGAGAGGUGUACGAACGACAGGCACUGUCACUUUUUUACAUUCGCCACAGAGCACUUUUCAAGCGUAAAGCAUCGUAACGUUUGUCUGUUGAAGUACAGCCAAACAGGGACACCAACCAACAUAACGAAGCUCAGUGAAGUGCUGUCUGGAUUCUCCUUGAAGCCCUGUGCGCUUUCUAAUCUGGCUUGUAUUAGGGAUAUUUUCCCUGGAACAAUGUUUGCAGACAGUAACAUUGACACUGUCAUGGCUCCAGAUGCCUUUGUCUGUCGCAGCAUUUGUACUCACCAUCCCAGUUGUUUGUUUUUCACCUUCUUUUCUCAAGAAUGGCCAACAGCAUCUGAAAGAAAUCUGUGUCUACUUAAAACAUCUAUAAGCGGAUUGCCAAGCACACGCAUUAGAAAGAACAAAGCUCUUUCUGGUUUUAGUCUACAAAACUGCCGGCACAGUGUCCCAGUGUUCUGCCAUUCUUCAUUCUACCGUGACACUGAAUUCUUGGGAGAAGAACUAGACAUUGUGGACAUGGACGGGCACGAGGCCUGCCAGAAAACAUGUACCAACAGCAUCCGUUGCCAAUUUUUCACCUAUUCGCCAUCUCAAGAGUCUUGCAACGGAGGGAAGGGUAAAUGCUACUUAAAACUUUCUUCAAAUGGAUCUCCAACUAAAAUACUUCCUGGGAGAGGAAGCAUCUCGGGAUAUACAUUAAGGUUAUGUAAGAUGGAUAAUGCAUGUACAACGAAAAUCAAGCCCAGAAUCGUUGGAGGAACCAAGUCUGUUCUUGGAGAGUGGCCGUGGCAGGUAACUUUGCACACCACGUCACCCACCCAGAGACACCUGUGUGGAGGCUCCAUCAUCGGAAACCAGUGGAUAUUAACAGCUGCUCAUUGUUUCAAAGAGGUAGAGUCACCUAAAGUUUUGCGUGUCUAUAGUGGCUUUUUAAACCAAACAGAAAUAAAAGCGGAUACAUCUUUCUUUGGGGUUCAAGAAAUAAUAAUUCAUGAUCAAUAUGAAAUGGCAGAAAGUGGAUAUGAUAUUGCCUUGUUGAAACUUGAAACAACAAUGAAUUACACAGAUUCUCAAAGACCCAUAUGCCUACCUUCCAAAGGAGAUAGAAAUGUGAUGUAUACUGAGUGCUGGGUGACUGGAUGGGGGUACCAAAAAUUGAGAGACAAAAUACAAAAUACUCUCCAGAAAGCCAAGGUACCCUUGGUGACAAAUGAAGAAUGCCAGGCAGGAUACAGAGGGCAUAAAAUAACCAAUAAGAUGGUCUGUGCAGGCUACAAAGAAGGAGGGAAGGAUGCCUGUAAGGGAGAUUCGGGGGGCCCCUUGUCCUGUAAACACAACGAGGUGUGGCAUUUGGUAGGUAUUACAAGUUGGGGUGAAGGCUGCGGCCAAAGGGAGCGGCCAGGUAUUUACACCAACGUGGUUGAGUACGUGGACUGGAUUUUGGAGAAAACGCAAGCAGCUUGAAGAGUCCCCAGAUGCCAUUGGACUCCCAGGAGGGGAAGACAGACUAUUGCCUGGAAGGGGGUUUGGAUUUCACCAAAGAAGACACUGCGCUAUCACUUUCCUCCACAGGCUACUAUUCUGAGACUGUAACAGAUUGAAGGGGCUUGGAAUUGAUAAGAACACACCCAAACUGUCCUUCUCAAACUCCCCGUUCCACCACCACCAGAGGGUGAUCAGCACCCAGUCUCCUCCUUGUUGGUUACACCUUUCCUGAGCCAAAGGAAUGCUCUAAAGAUGAAGAUAUUUGAAGAUGAAAACAUAGCCAGAUAGACCAGAAAAAAAUCAAGUAGUGGCACCAAAGGAUCGGGUAGAACUGCUCUCAGAAACCACUGUAAAAAGAUCUGUGAGAUGAAAAUUGGGAACCGGAGAAAAUGGAAAUAAGGGCAGUCACCAUCAAAUUGCAAGAGUCUGUGCUCUGCGUGCAUGAACACAUCUCUUUUCAAAAGAAAGAACUUGACUGAAUUCGAUGGCAGGUUUUCAGAAUAAUCAAGAAUUCUUGUCAUUUCAUUUUUAGAUAUUUAAAAAAAAAUUAGUUUGGGUAGAGACAAGCUAUGAGUGAGUGUGAAUGUGGACUCCAGAAUUUCUAUAAGGGAAAGGAUUAAAAACAGCAGUUCACCUGAAUGCGGGAUCUUAGGGGAUGAAUCUUAAAGAUGUUCUUACUUAGAAAACUAUAGGUGCGUAGAUUUCAUAUUUAUUUGGCAUAGUUCUGGGUAGGGGAGGGCUGAUGAAGAUGAGGAGUAAGCUAAAGACUUCCUAAGAUAAGCUGCCUCUGUGAGUGUGGGUUUACAAAUCUACAUUUAUAGAUGGUAAAUGUAUUGGCCAGAAAUCAAAGUAAAGGACAUCCAACUGCAGGGGAAAACAAUCUGGGAACAAAUGGAUGGUUACAGUAGCAUCUUCAUCAUCUUCAAAGCAGCUCCCUGUCUUCUGGCUCCUGGGGUGUUGUGUUCCCUGUAGCGCAAAUAUUUACCCGGUGCCCGUUUCUGACGUUAUUGGGCAAUCUAGAAUUAGCAGCGUCUCCACCAGUUUUCAACCCAUGUCAACGACCUGUGUCAAUUUUCAAUCCAAUACGCACAGUAUUUAUGGAGCAGAUGGAGCUGGGGAGAUACGGGGUGAGUCGAUAAAUAUACCCCUACCUUCACGAAGCUUGCGGUCUAGUUAGCAGGAGCCACAAAAUACACUAAUCACACAUGUAUAACAUGUAUGAUUUUUAAUGGAAAUGAGAGGGAUGCACAGGGUUCUAUGAGAAGUUAAGGAAGGAGAGAGUUUGGGGCAUGUUCAGAGACUGGGGUAAAGAGGAAUGUGUCUAAGGGAGACACAAUUUAAAAAAAAGCAAACAAAGAAACAAACAAAGAAAACCUCCAAAAUAAAAAAGACUGGAAAGGCAUGAAGACCUUGGUUUGUCCUGCCUCAUUAAAGACUCAGGGAAACUUUGAUCCAUGUUGACGAAGAGGCAUGUCCCCAGCUGGUCCUGCUCGGACCCAUCUCUCCCUUCAUCCUCUGAGUCCUGCCUUGUCCUCUUGUGUUCCUUUCUUGUGGGCUUUUCCCACACCCUCCCUCAGUCUGGGUCAGAAUGGGCCCUUCCCUGACCUUGUGUGAAAGAAUUUUCCACAUUCUGGUUAAUAUCUUCAACGUUCACAGUUAGAGAAUUUACCCGCUGCCCUGAGGCUCCAGCAGCCGCGAAGGGUGGUGCUCUGUUGAGGUGGUGGUUUCCUUGCUCAGCCUGCCUCUCCACGAGAUGUCCUGAGGCCGCCAGGUACCCGGGGAGGGCUUCUCUGGGGGCCUCUCCCGACAUCCAACCCAUUUCCCUCACGGGAUGCAUACACGGUGCUCAUUCAUCAGAGCGGGGCAAGCUGCCCUCUUUCCUUCUGUCCUUCCCCAGGCCGUCCACGAACUGAAAUGAACUCUUCCGAGAAAUUUUUCAAUUAGGAAUGUACGUGUGUGUGUGUGUGUGUGUGUGUGUGUGUGUGUGUGUGUGUGAGAGAGAGAGAGAGGGAGAGAGAGAGAAUGAAAAGGAGUAUUUCUGAUAACCACAACACCUAACACUCACUCAGCCUCACUGCAUCUCCUGAUGAUCCCUUACCUUCAGAUGCACUUUUGGUUUCCUAGGGUUUCCAGAACAAAUCGCCACAAACCGAAUGCUUGAAAACAGCAGAAAUUCUCUCUCCCACAGUCUGAAGGCUGGAAGCCUGAAAUCAGGUUGUCAGUGGGGCCGUGCUUCCUCUGAGGCCCCCAGGGGAGGGUCCUCCCUGGCCUCUUCCAGCUCCGGUAGCCCCAGGCCCUCCUUGUGACAGCAUCACUCUGAUCUCUGCCCCAUCUUCACAUGGCCUCGUCUCCUGUGUCCCCCUCUUCUUAUAAGGACACCAGUCGUAUUGGAUUAAGUGCCCACCCAAAGGUAUAAAAAUAUGUGCUCCAUGUAGUAUAGAAAUUAUUGUCAUUAUGCAUUUAAUUCAGACUUUCCAAGAAGAGACUAUAUUCAAAGGGCCCCCUGCAGCAACGGGCACAGAACAGAUAUUCAGGAAAGAGUUCUCUCCCUUUUGCCCUUGAGGAUCAGACAAUUUAAUCACAGAUGUAGUAGUACCUGGGGGGAUUCCCAGGUGGAGAUUAUGACUGUGUGUGCAUGUGUUUGUUUUACUUGCUGCUUCUAAAGAGAUGUCAGCAUUAAUCUUUUAUCAGCAGGUUCCCCACUGCACCCAACACUCCCGGGGAACGUGUGCACACUUUGUAACCACAAGAAACUUUCAAAGGACACUGUGCUGUACCCAGGCAAAAAUUUCCAUAUCCUGUGAGGAUUUGUGGGUACCUAUCAAUGCUUGCACAUUGUCAAAUAAACAGUUUAGUGUCAGUCGUGACCUUGGUUGAGAAGUUACCUUAAAGAAGAAUACAAAACCUUUGUCACUACAUGGAAAACAGUAUCAACCACAAAUACAGGGUUUUUCUAAGUCUCUGCU